UUGUGGGGGCACAUGCUUACACGGAUGCUGCCUCAAUCCUGAGUCACAGCAUUGUUCUUAUAUAUGCGUCUUCCCUGUCUGUCAGGUCUCGUGAAAAAGACACUAACUUUAGCUGCAAAGAUUAAACAUUGGAGAGAAGAAAUGGAUCAUAGCCCAGCUUGCAAGGACAAGAAGAAGAAAACCAUAGACCAGUCCAUGCUACUCUGCUGUAAGCUUUACAUAUCUGAAUCGCGCAACCACGCUGCUCUGGACGCCAUUGAACGUGCUGCCAGGCUCGAUCCAGAGUCUGUCAUUGUUAACAAGUUUGAGGACCGAGCUUACAAUAGGGUCAGGUACACUAUUGUGUCCUAUGUUAUGCAUGAUAGCACAGGAAGUGCCAUAUAUAGCCCCUUGCAGCAAACUGUAAUGGCCAUGGCUGAGGCAGCCUUUGGAGCCAUUAACCUUGAGCAGCACUCCGGGGCUCACCCUCGGUUAGGGGUUGUCGACGACAUUGUCUUCCACCCGUUGGCUAGGGCAUCUCUGGAUGAAGCUGCUUGGCUUGCCAAGGCAGUGGCAGUGGACAUUGGCAAUAGGUUCCAAGUGCCAGUAUAUCUGUAUGCUGCAGCACACCCUACAGGCAAGGCCCUUGACACCAUCAGGCGUGAGCUUGGCUACUACAGACCCAAUUUCAUGGGCAGCCAAUGGGCAGGAUGGACAAUGCCAGAAAUCCUCCAUGAAAAGCCUGAUGAAGGGCCAACUAGUAUAUGCCCCGCCAGAGGCAUCUCGAUGAUCGGGGCACGUCCAUGGGUUGCCUUGUACAACAUACCCAUAUUGUCCACAGAUGUCGCAGCCACUCGACGGAUUGCACGGAUGGUGAGUGCCCGAGGGGGCGGACUCCCAACCGUGCAAACACUGGGCCUUGUUCAUGGUGAGGACUCCACAGAGAUAGCUUGCAUGCUCCUAGAGCCCAACCAGAUUGGAGGGGACAGAGUUCAGAACCAUGUUGAGAUGCUAGCGGCUCAAGAAGGGCUGGAUGUGGAGAAGGGUUACUUCACUGAUCACUCACCAGAUAUGAUUAUUGAAAAGUAUAUGAAACUAACAUCUGAAGACAGAAACUAAUCAGAAGAACUUGUUUGGACAAUGUGAUCCAAGAGAACAAACUAAGGGAUGAAGAACCAUGAUGCCAAAUGGAAGUUGCAUGCUUGCA